AGUUCUAUUUUUCGCCCGUAUCAGUUUCGACUGUCAGAAGUGGAUGGAUUCCGAUAUCGUGCGAUGGAUGUUGUUCGACACUUGACACGAAAGGUAAUCCGUGAGGCACGUCUAAAAGAGAUCAAACUAGAGCUGUUAAAUUCCGAACGACUGAAGGGAUAUUUUGAAGACCACGUUCCGGAUCUGGAAGCACUUCGUCAUGACAAACCACUUGCGCGCCAAAGUCAGCCGCACCUGAAGGACGUUCCGGACUAUUUGGUUCCCGCACCUUUGCGCGCUUUAAUGCCUCAAACAAGCGGUGGUCGAAGACGACGUAACCGGUGGCGACGAGAGAAUCUCGAUUUGGGCGAUAUUGAUACGGAGAAGGCAUCUGGCAAAGAACAAUCCGUUCCCGGCAAGAAGGCUUCGAAAACCGGCCCACUUCAUACUUUACAGGCGAAGCACAAGAUCGCGAAAAGGGUGAGCAAAGGGUAUCGUUCUAUCGAUUGGGUUAUCUUUUUACCAUGA